AUGACGACGGAACCACCCAAGCUGGAGAGGAAGCUCACCAGAAGCGAUAACUUCGGGAAUAAAUAUCUCAAAGCGGUAUCCUUACCCGUCGCGUGGUACGAUUUCGACACCUUGAAUCCGAACACCGUCCAUCACGAGAAGCCGUUGAAGCUGACGUUGAUUCUCAUUCACAUCGUCGGCCUCGCGGCGUUUGUCGGGCAGUGCGCGUAUCAUUACCUGGACACGAUAAAGGAAACAACCGUUACGGCGAAGGAUGUGGACGGCGUGUCCGGUUGGUCGUGUAAAACGCUCGUGCCGGAUCCUAUUUAUAGUUUGAACAUGUCGUAUAACGAGUGCGUGAACGAACACUACGUGAAGCCGACGGUGGAGAACUUGGUGAGAUACGGCUUAUUCGGACCGUUGGUAUUUUCGGGCUUCGACGGUGGUCAGCCCGAAGAUUCAUACGACGGUCCCUGGAAUAUGAGUACUGGGUUGAGAUGGUCAAUCAACACGAUGACUCUGUAUCACAAACCGUUCCCGAAUCUUUCCGACGUCGUCUAUACGUACCCGUCGACGUGUAUCGUUCCGUUUUACGCAGGGUACGAAAAAACUGAAAAAUUCAAUCCUGAAGAUGGGUACACGUCACCGCUGGAAAUGCCUCUCUCAGAGGCAUACAAACGAGGCUACGAUUUUUUUAACGGCUACGGGUUCAUCGGUUUAGGAAACAAAGAACCGGAAUUCGAUGAUACGUGCAACGUCAAUCAACCCUGGAAUUGCGGAAAGUACGUUACUUUUCAUCCGUCGAGCGAGACUGAUUAUGUCGCUCAGUGCAAUGGUACCAUUUCUGAGGAGGAGCAAGCGGACCUUUUCGCCAACGGCACCUACGCGUUUCCGCACGUUUUCGCGCAAGAGUUGAAGUGGAGCGCACCGGCGAACGCUCAACCGUACGUCGAAGAAGGCAAAGGAGAUUACUUCGUCGUGUACAAACCAAAAACGGUGGGCAUCACGCCGCUCUAUCCGAAGACAACGACUCUUGAAUUAGUCACGAACACGGCAAGUCCGAGAACUGCGACGACGUUUUUUGGCAAAGAGCGAUGCAACUUUUACGAAAAACAAAUCGCCGUCGAGGCCUUUGAAUACAUUUUUUCGUGGCCGAAUUGUCAUCCGUGUUCCAUCUUCAAGCAAAAUUCGCCCUUCUUCUGCGAACGCGACGUCCAAAAAACGUGGCUCAACAUAUUCGCCCUGAGCAUUUCGAACACGCUGUUUGUGAUGGGCAUCAUGAUAACUUGGGCGCCGUUGCUUCUUCGAGUCUUUCUCGGAAAGUACGGAUGA